GUCAAUAUGGCUUCGAAAGGACAGACCAAGAGUUUAACCGAGGAUGUAAUUUGUCCCAUCUGCCUGGAUUUCUUCACCGAACCUAUAAUGCUGGAGUGUGGACACAACUUCUGCCGCUCCUGCAUCACACAGUUUUGGGAAAGGGAGGAGAGAAACUCCUGUCCGGAAUGUAGAGAGGAGAUUGCAGACCGCACCCUCAGGGUCAAUUGGGCCUUGGAAAAUCUGUCUGAGAAAGCUCGAAAACUAAACCUGAAUCCUAAAGAGAAGGAGAGUAAAUUUUACUGCGAGGAACAUGAGGAAGAGCUGAAGCUGUUUUGUGAGACGGACAAGACACUGAUCUGCCUGAUCUGUGCGACUGCAGGGAAACACAAAUUUCACGAUUUCAUAUCGGUUAAAGAAGCCGUUCAAGUCUACAAGGUAAAAACAAACCACUUUCGCUCGUCUGUUUCUGUUGUGCCAUGUUUUUGCCUAAUCCAUUCACUCUUUAAUUCCCAGGAUCGGGUUAGAUCUUCCUUCGACUCUCUCACAAAAAACAAAGCAGACUUCGAGGAAAUGGAACAGCAACAGAAGGAGAAGAUUUCCGGAGUUCGGAAACAGUCACACAUCCUUCAGUCCCAUGUCACAUCACAGUUUGCUGAACUGCACCAGAUUCUCAUUCAGAAAGAGCAGCAGGUACUCAGAGAUCUCAGGGAAGAAGAGGAGAGGAUUCUAAAUCCAAUGGAGAAAAAUCUUCGAGAGAUUCAAAAGAAUUUAAAUUCUAUCCAGGAGGAGAUCUCCAGUUUACAGGAACAGAUGGAUCAAAAAGAGAGUGUGAUAUUUCUCAAGGAUGAAACUCGUCGGAAGAGGAGAAUUAGUGACGACAUCCACCAAUUGUCAGUGACAGACGGUGCCCUUCCGGUUGAAAAAUUCGAUCAUCUCUAUUUAUUGAACAGUGCGUUGAGAGAAACACUUGAUGACAUUAAUCGAGUCUCUGUCACCCUGGAUGUGGAAACGGCGAAUCCGUGGCUCGAGGUGUCUGAGGAUCGGAAGAGUGUGAGACGGAUCGGGACCCGGAGGGAUCUCCCUGACACCGGGAAGAGGUUCACGUAUUGGGCUUGUGUGCUGGGAUCGGAGGGAUUCACAUCGGGGAGACAUUACUGGGAGGUGGAGGUGACGGGGAAUCGGUGGUGGAAUCUGGGAGUCGUCGCAGAGUCUGUGGAUAGGAUGAGACGGGUCACAAUGAGUCCGGAGACCAGAUUCUGGAUCAUCGCGCGGGUUAAUGACGAGAUGAAGGUUCUCACCUCCCCUGUGUCCCGUCUCCCUGCCGAUCACAUGCCCAGGAGGGUGGGAGUUUAUCUCAGUUACGAGUCCGGGACAGUUUCAUUUUACAAUGAGGAGACCAAGUCCCAUCUCCACACGUUCACUCGGAAUAAGUUCACGGGGAAACUUUAUCCUUCAUUUGGGACUUGGCAUCAAAACGAGUGGCUGAGAACCUGUUCCGGUUCCGCUCCGGGUCUGUAAGCGGGUCUAGCCAGUGUAAAUAAAAAUGUAAGGAGAGAGAAAUAAGCACGAUUUGAGAAUUAUUGAUCCAUUAAUUUUAACUCGUUCACCGCAUCCGUCAACGGAACAGAAACACUGCGGAUUCAGCAGCAGCCGCGGGUGGCGGGUCCUGAGCUCCCCGGCUCCCCCGGUGCUAAAGGCCACCGGGACUGACAGGGUAACUGGGGCAAGUGGUGGUGGUGCUGACUGGGAGAGGGAGGUCAGGGUGAAUCUUGAUAACACGGGACAUGUAGGGUGGUAACACACAAAGCGCCGGAUAUUCACAGCGUAUCUACGAACAUCUCAACAACAGGUAUAUCACUUCGGAUACUGUUUUGGGGGAUGACCUGGUAGAGGAAAGUCACCGGGGUUGCGUCUCUGGCACUGAGUCUGCCUCUGUGAGUCAAAAGCGAAGCCUCGAUUGAAGGUGCACUGUGUGAUAGAGGAUUCGUCAGGGAAACAGAAAGGUGGCUGUGUGUGCGAGAAUGAGAUUUCCAGAUGAUAUGUUUCCUCCCGGGUGCCAGGGUCCAGGACAUCUUGGAUCGAGUAGUCUGUAUUAUCAAGUGAGAGGAUGAACAGUCAGAAGUCGUGGUCCAUGUAGGUACCAACGACAUGGGUCAGGCGAAUGACAGCUUCUGCUCUGGGAGUUCUGUACUAAGUUAAAGGGCUGGACCUUCAGCCUUGUGAUCUCAGAACUGCUCCCUCUGCCAUGUUAGUGAGAACUGGGAAGAUUAUACAGUUUAACACUGUAUUUGAUGUAGGCGGAGUGCAUAACAUUUUUGGAACAUUGGUCUCUCUUCCGUGGGAUGUGGGAUCUGAACCACAGAGACUGCUUGCACUUGAACUGGAAGGGGAUUUAUAUGGUUGUGGGAAAGUUUGUUAAUGCUGUCUGCUGGGGUUUAAACUAGUGUUGCAGGGGAAUGGGAACCAGAGUGCCAGAACAGCUAGGGGUGAAGUUAUAUGUUAGACAGAUAUUUGUAAGACCUCAGACCAAGUCAGGAAUGAAAAGUGUUCGUGAGACAGAGCCCUAACUAUGGGGGAAAGCCCCAAUGCCUUCUGGGUAGCCUCAGGAGAGAAGAGGGCUACGGAAGUAAACCCAGACAGAAAACCCGGAGUGAAGCCCCUCAGGCAGCUGGAUGUCCUACAGCCAAGGUGGUGCCAAAUAUAUUGCUGCAUAAGCUUUCCUUUGGACUACACUAGUGAGGCAGAGAGGGGGAUCUUGAUCAUGAUCUCCAGCCCUCCCUCCCCGGCUAUUGAUGAUGAUCGUCAUCACCCAUUGUCCUUCAAGACAGACGGAUGUCACCAGCAAUCGAUGGGGUGAAUGAAAGCAGGCUUUUUCACCUGAGGUGGAUGGGACUACAACCAGAGAUCCUAGUGUUGUUGAGCCCACUAGGGUAUCGGCUGUGCUGGAUUGGGUAUUGUGUAAUGAACCAGAGGUGAUCAGAGAGAUGGAAGUGAAGGAACCCUUAUGAGGCAGUGAUCAUAACAUGAUUGAGUUCAUUGUGAAAUUUGAGAAAGAGAAGCCGAAAUCGGAUAUGUCGGUAUUUCAGUGGAGUAAAGGAAAUUACAGUGGCAUGAUAGAGGAACUGGCCAAGGUUGACUGGAAAGGGAUACUAGCAGAAAGGUGGCUGGAGUUAAUGUGAGGUGAGAAAGGUGCAAGACAGAUAUAUUCCAAAAGAGAAGAAAUUUUCAAAUGGCUGACAAAAGAAGUCAAAGCCAAAAUAAAAGCAAAGGAGAAGGCAUACAAAGAAGCGAAAAUUAGUUGGAAGACAGAGGAUUGGGGAGCUUUUAAAAGCUUACAAAAGGAAACUAAGAAGGUCAUUAUGAGGGAAAAGAUGAACUAUGAAAGGAAACUACCAAUAAUACUAAAAACUUUUUCAAGUGUAUAAAGAGUAAAAGACAGGUGAGAGUAUAUAGAACUGAAAGAAAAUGACGCUGGAGAAAUUGUAAUGGGGGAUAAGGAGAUGGCGGAAGAACUGAACGAGUAUUUUGCAUCAUUCUUUGCAUCAGAUAAAUCUGGACCAGAUGGAAUGCACCCUCGUGUUCCAAAGGAUGUAGCUAUGGAGAUUGCGGAGACAUUAGCAAUGAUCUUUCAAAAGUGAAUAGAUUCUGGCAUGGUUCUGGAGGACUGGAAGAUUGCAAAUGUCAUUCCGCUAUUUAAGAAGGGGGCAAGGAAGUGAAAAGGAAAUUAUCGACCGGUUAGCUUGACAUCGGUGGUUGGGAAGUUGUUGGAGUCGAUUGUCAGGGAUGAGGUUACGGAGUACCUGGAGGCAUAUGACAAGAUAGGCAGAUCUCAGCAUGGUUUCCUUAAAGGAAAAUCCUGCGUGACAAACCUAGUGCAAUUUUUUAGAGGAAAUUACAAAUAGGCUAGACAAGGGAGAUGCAGUGGAUGUUGUGUAUUUGGAUUUUCAGAAGGCCCUUGACAAGGUGCUGCACAUGAGGCUGCUGAACAAGAUAAGAGCCCAUGAUAUUACGGGAAACUUACAUACGUGGAUAGAGCAUUGGCUGAUUGGCAGGAAACAGAGAGUGGGAAUAAAGGGAUCACAUUCUGAAUGUCUGCCGGUUACCAGUGGUGUACCACAGGGUCCGUGUUGGGUCCGCUUCUUUUUACGUUGUGUUACGUAGUCGUGCCGUGACAGUGGUACGCUUGUCACGUGACUGGGGUUGAAGCUAUAUGGGACUAGAGGUAAUGGUCUUGUGAUGGUUGAGUGACGUCAUUUUCUCGCUGGUAGACAUCAUGUGACAGGUUUUUUUUACAGGGUAUUAAAAGGAAGACCCCACCCUGUGAGGAGGGGCAGUUCGUGGCAGGAUUUGCCAUGUUGACUUUAUGCCACUGUGUGAUUUAAUGAGAUGACGCAGUUUAGUUGAAAGAUGAAGUUUUAUAUAAUGCCUAAAGUUUAAAAGGUCAUUGCCAGCAGUUUCUUUACAAUACUGCUAGUUGACAAUCAGUGGAGAGUGAAGAUCGGAGUUCGGGAGUUAAAGAUUGAGGAGAAUCGAUUUUCGACGGUGAAACGGGUUCGACCUUGUUUAAUCCUUAUUAGGAAGGAAUUCGUUGACUGUUCUCGUGUUAAUCUCUGCGGGAUAGCAGAAAAGAUUGAGGACAGUGUGAUAAAGGAAAGGUCAGUGCCUUUAAGCCAUUACGUUUCGUAAAUUCUUCGUGGGAAAAGUUCGACGUCGGGGAUCGAAGCAAAACAUCGUGAAAGAGAAUUUAAAUCGUCUUACAAAGUGUCUCCCGUAAAUGGACUGUGAGCAUUUUGAACUACUACUUUAAAGCACUGUUUUUGCAACAUCGCUUUAAGAACUGUUUAAGCUGCCGCACAGCAGCUGAUUUCUGGUUACGUUAGUGCUUGUUUACUUUUGGGGGGUUUGUUUUCAGUGUUUAAUAAAUGUGUUAUUUGUUAUAUAAACCCUUGCCUAACUCAUAUAUUUAUUGUUGCCUGUAUACGUAACAUAAAUAUGGGGGCUGCAUCUGGAUUGGAUCAUUUGCGUUUGAAUGCUUGCUAACUUUUGAAUCGGUGUUUUGGUCACGGGGAUAACUCGAUUCUUUUGUUUGGUUGGCUUGUGAGUGGUAUUCGGCAACAAUGAAUAUUAAUAGUUUCUGGCUUCGCCAGAUGCGGAGUUGUUAUUGAAGGUGAAAAAACCUGAGGUGUCUGAGAUAGCUAGUAAAUUGCAACUUAAAGGUAUUUUGCAGACUGCAUCUAAGGCUGUUAUACAGAGAAAAAUCGCGUCACACUAUGUGGAUUCGGGUGUUUUUAAUGAAUCGAUUUUAGAGUCGUUUCCAAUAA